UCGUCUCAUCAGAUUAGAUCAUCAUCAGUCCUCCGUUAUGAUUAUGUCAUCGACACGGACUUUAGUUUCACACUUGAAUGUUGUCAGCGCUUUCGAAAAGUCUUCAAUUCGUUCGUUCUUUAACUGCGUCCGCUAAAGCUACGUGAAAGUGGAGAAACCCGAAGCAGACGGAUCGAGAUGAAACUCUCUGGAUUCAUUCUGUGGAUGUGCACAUCUUACAGGUUCCUUUCCUCGGCAUUGUCGAUCACAAAGUGUGAGAUCCUGGAGUACACCAGUAUUACCUGUUACUGGGAAACAAGUGACCAUGCAGUUGACAACAGUAGCUACAGACUUCAAGUUAACAAAUUUGCGGUGUGUCAAACUGAAGUAAGCUUAAUUUCUGAGGAUAUUUGUGACACCAGAGGGUAUCAAUGCUCCAUUCAACCCAUCAAUUCAGCGUUUCACUGUUUCUGUGCCGAUGUGCUGGUGUCCACCGUCUCUGGAUCCAUACGCUCACCACCCUUCUGUUUCGAUGGUGUGAAUCAGGUGAAACUUCUUCCCCCAUCGAUAACACAUGUCGGACCGUCAGCGGAGCGGUCUGAGUGUUUCCAGGUGGACUGGAAAAUGCCUUACCACCUCACUGACAAGGAGAAAUCCAUCAGAAGGAUUCAAGUGGAGUACACCACACAUAACCAGACUCGAUCACAGACGAUGCAAAUGCAUCCUCCUGAGGACAGACUAGAGCUUUGCGAUUUAUAUCCGGGAUCCAGGUACACAGUGAAGCUGAGAGCUCAGGACAGCCGAGCACCCAGUCACUGGAGCUCAUGGACAUCCAAAGACUUCAUGACCGUGGAGAAAGCCCCUUCUGCAGCUCCUCGACUGUGGAGACGCAUCCAACCUCCAGAAGAGACAAGGAGACAUCUUACACUGCACUGGAAGCCUCUCUUGUGGCCUAAAGCGAAUGGUGUGGUUCUCAGUUAUACAGCGUGGUGCCACAGUGAUGUGGAUUCAUCUCAGUGGACGUGCGGGACUCUGGAUGCCUCCACAACCUCCUGUGACCUCACUGUGUCUGAUGAUGCGUGCACCUGCAGUCUGACAGCGACUAACUCAGUGGGGACGUCACCUGUGUCUUACAUCAACAUACCUGGACAUACCGAUGCAAGUGAAUCCAGUCUGACACGCCAGAGUAGUUUCAAAGAGCUCCCUCCUCCUGAGAGUAUCAGCGUUAUAUCAUUGGAUGACACCAGACUAAGGCUGGAAUGGACAAUCGCACCUAACCAAUCAGAGAGCGGCUUUGUGGUGCAGUGGAUUUCUAUACUUGACAAUGGAACAACCCAUAUGCACUGGCAACAUCUGAAUGAAACGUCUAGAAGAUUUAUUAUUACUGGUCUUCUGCCAGAGAUCCCUUAUAAUGUGUCAGUCAUGAGGGUGUAUGGGGCAAAUGCAGGAAUUGACAUGUCUGUCACUGCUUUCACAAGAGAAGGAGCGCCCUCUUUUGGCCCAAAGCUGCAAGUGCUGCAGACUGGUGGAAGGAGCAUUCAUCUGCGAUGGGAUCCUGUUCCCAUAGAGAAACUACAUGGAUUUAUCAAAUUCUACUCCAUUCUGUACAGUAUUAAUGGAAAAGACAAAAGAGAACAGGUUAAUAGCGCGGUUGAUCAGAUCUCUCUGAGAGGAUUAAUGGAAGGAACCUACAACAUCUGUGUGAUGGCUCAUACUGUAGCAGGGGGCGCCGCUGGGCCGUGGGUGAUGGUGGCUGUUGGGUAUGAUGAUAUACAGGUCAUCCCUAUGCUGUUGUGUGCACUGCUUCUCAUUUUUAUCUUUCUCAUAAUUCCUGUAUGUAUGUGGGUGAGGAUCAAACAGUGUCUUUGUCCGAUAGUCCCGGACCCUUCUAACAGCAGCCUGUUUGUCUGGUCUAAACCAAGUCAGCACAAGCGAACACCCUCUUCCACCAUGAGCUCCUUCUUCUCUACCGGUCAGACCUCAUGUAACCAUAGUUACGAUGAGAAAGACAACAGCCCAGUUCAAGUUCUGAGCUUCUAUCCUGUUCAGCAAAUACUUGAUGACACCGACGCCAAAGCCAACACUUACAACUGCACGUCAGCUGAAACACACUUGAACCCAAAACUGAGAACCGAUGAACCAAUUCAUUUCCUAGCAGAUUUAACUAACAAGAGCUUCACCAAAACAAAAAAAAUCAUGUCUGCUGGACAUCAAGAAGACCAUCUGUCACUGACGGAUCCAUUCAUUGAUACGAUGCCCAGCUACCAAAGCGAUCCGACGGCACAAGAAGAUUUAUGCGACUACAUCCACUUGUCACAGAGCUACAUGUCUGUUGUGAUGGUAGAUGCGUACAGGACACUGAAUGCUGAUGAGUGUUCACAUGUUCUGCAUGGUUUACCGGAAGACCACGGCAUCUGAACGAACGUCAUUCUGUAUGGAGGAUGCUUAAAUGUGCCAAUGCAAAACAAAUUAAAGAACUUAAUAUGAUAUUGUACAUGACUGUGAUCUUAACAACAAACUCAUUCUUAGGAAUCGUUUGUGAAAUAAAACACUGGAUGUGUUAUGAUUCACGGGCUUGAGCAGAAAGGGAAAUACUUAAAACUUAAUGAAACUGCGGGUGGUUAAAAUAUUGUACAGUGAUGGAAAAAUCUUAGUGACAUUGCUGGGACAUCAUUUGACCACCAUAGUAGGAAAGAUUAAAAGGGUAGUCAGAGGUGCCACAGAACUUUGUGCUUUCCUGAAAUAUCUCAAUUUGUGUUGAACAGAACAAAAAAGAUAAUAAGACAAUAAUCUUUCCUACUAUGGUAGUCAACGCUCUCCCAGAAACCUGCUAACAUCCAUCCAUCCAAAUAUCUUUAUUUGUGUUCGUCAGAACAACAAAAAUACUGGUUCGGAAAAACUUGAGGUGGAUUAAUGAUCAAAGGAUUUUCAUUUUAAGGUGGAUUAUUACUUUAAUGUAUGAAAUGACAUAUUAUUUGUGAAAGUAGGGUUGUGACACAAUCGCUAAUAUUGUAGAGUAGCGGCAUCACUCACUGUGGCGAUUUUGUGUCAUUACACACACUUUAAUCAUUUUAAUCACUGAAUUUGCACUGAAUGCAUUUGUAUGUUUUUAUAUUAGUGGUUUUGAUGUUAUUCAAAAGGAAAAGUAGCUUUCAUUUUGUACUAUUUGCUGGUUACUGUGAUUUUUUUUAUUUCACAUUUAUUAUAUUAAAAAAAGUGCAGCCUCAUAUGCAAUCUAUGUUUGUGGCAUAAUGUUUGUGAAAUAACAUCUGUUAUUCACAAGCUUGAAAAUUGCUCGGCUGUUUAUUGUGUAUUGAAUGUUUUAGUUAUGCUGGCAUAUGCCAAAUACGAAUGUAAUAUGUUUAGCUCCAUUCCACACAUUUCACCAUGUUAAAAUUCGCUAUGAAUUCUGCACAUUUUUCCCAAACACGAAAAAUGUGAUUAAAAUGUCAACAGUG